ACGGCAUGGACCGCUCAGGGCGAGAGAACUACAUGUACCAAUACUUCUGUACGGUAACCACUCGCUCUGCGGGGCCUCUCUGGCCUGCCGGGUCCUACUGUAUUAAUAGAAAGGGAGACUGCCCUGAAAACUUUGAGACAGGAUCCCAGUCCACAACCUGCGAGACGACAAAAAGCAAGUCUAAUUCAGGUGGAGAUUUCCCUUCAGGCUCGUACUCUUCCAGUGGCCAGACCAUGGGUUUCUGCUGCAGAGAAGAUGGCAACGCGUCCAUACCUGUACACCUGCCCACACAGAAACCUUUCUACCUGUACAGAUUUGGCGGCAAGUGUCAGCAGGUUGAUGGGAUGGUGGUGCUGGAGGAGUCUAUGACGCUACACUGUCACGUGACAGGCCACGAGAACGUCGUUCCGGACGGAGGCAGAGAUGGUUCGCCAAUCUACAGAGUUGAACUCUGCUAUUAUUACCGCGCUUAA